GUGUACGUUUCUCUAAUUAAAAGACGGCGUGGAUUUGGAACUAGGUUUUCAUUAUAUGGAGUCAUAGCCUACACACAUUUUUCAUCAACGCUUUUCGGAGGGGUCUUCAUCUUUGGUUUUGUGAUGUAGCUUAACCAUGAACAUUUAGAUUUCCCCCCAUCCUGUUUCUGGGGCAGGCACAGGCUGUUUCUUGCUUUAGCCUACCUUGCAACUAUAUUAAACAUCCGUUGAGGCAUUGCGUUCUUUUGUAUUAUUAAAAGUUGGGAUCUAUCUGAAUGCUUGAGUGGAGCCUGUGCUUUUUUGCAGGCUGAAUAAAAGAAGUCGGGAAGAAAUCUGCCUUAUCUUUUCCUCUUUCAUCUCGAGUUCAUGUGUCGGCCAGAUCUCACUGCGUUGCCUCGCACAUAUUUUGCAAUAUAAUGUCUGGAACCUGCUCGAGACAUGCCUAAGCGACGCAAUGGGACAAGGCGACGAGAACGAUCGUAUUGUGAUUAACGUGGGAGGUAUCAGACACCAAACCUACCGUAGCACCCUUCGUACAUUACCGGGCACCCGGUUAGCUUGGCUCGCCGAGCCCGAUGCCCACAGUCACUUUGACUACGAUCCCAAGAUUGAGGAAUUUUUCUUUGACCGGCACCCGGGGGUGUUUGCCCACAUCCUCAAUUACUAUAGGACCGGGAAGUUGCACUGCCCUGCAGAUGUUUGCGGCCCGUUGUACGAGGAGGAGUUGGCAUUUUGGGGUAUCGAUGAGACUGACGUGGAACCAUGUUGUUGGAUGACUUAUCGGCAACAUAGAGAGGCCGAGGAGGCAUUGGAUAGUUUUGGGGGUGGGCCCCCCGAGAAUUCAGAGGAGGAUGGGGAUGAGGAAACGCUGGGAAUGAUCAAUAGGUUGGCUCUUGAUGGACCAGAUGCCAAAUCUGGGGGGCAUUGGCGACGUUGGCAGCGGUUGCUUUGGGCACUCUUCGAGGAUCCCUAUUCAUCUAAAUAUGCAAGGUGGAUAGCCUUCGCCUCCCUGUUCUUCAUCCUGGUUUCCAUCACCACCUUCUGCCUGGAGACACACGAGGCCUUCAACCCCAUCAUCAACCGGACGGAAAUUGACCCGCUGGACAACAGCACGCGGGUCUACCAGGAGACUGAGACCGUGGUCUUCCUCACCUAUAUUGAAGGGGUCUGUGUGCUGUGGUUUACAUUUGAGUUCAUAAUGCGAGUGACGUUCUGUCCGAGCAAGCUGGAGUUUUUCCGUAACACCCUCAACAUCAUCGACUUUAUUGCCAUCAUGCCCUUCUACCUGGAGGUGGGGCUGAGUGGGCUCUCUUCCAAGGCGGCUAAGGAUGUACUGGGUUUCCUACGUGUGGUACGCUUUGUCCGGAUCCUCCGAAUCUUUAAGCUGACUAGGCACUUUGUGGGACUGCGUGUCCUGGGUCAUACACUCCGAGCCAGCACCAAUGAGUUCCUGCUCCUCAUCAUCUUCCUCGCCCUGGGUGUGCUCAUCUUCGCCACUAUGAUCUACUAUGCUGAAAGGAUUGGUGCCAAGCCCAAUGACCCCCGAGCCAGCGAGCACACUCACUUUAAGAACAUUCCUAUUGGAUUCUGGUGGGCGGUGGUGACCAUGACAACCCUUGGCUAUGGAGACAUGUACCCUCAGACAUGGUCUGGCAUGCUGGUGGGAGCGCUGUGUGCUCUGGCUGGUGUGCUGACUAUCGCCAUGCCAGUGCCUGUUAUUGUCAAUAACUUUGGGAUGUAUUACUCCCUGGCGAUGGCCAAGCAGAAGUUACCAAAGAAAAAGAACAAGCAUAUCCCCCGCGCCCCACUUCUGGGCUCCCCCAAUUACUGUAAGUCGGAGGUAACCUCACCUCACCACAGCACGCAAGACGACACAUGGCCCCUGGCCCCACAAGAACCACCAGAAGAGAUCUUAGAAAUAAACAGAGCAGCUCCACAAGCUGUUUUUCAAGAUCCCAAAGUGAACGGGGAAACGUCCAAGGAGUCAGCCAAGAGAGCAGCCAAGGAGUUAACCAAGGAGUCAGCCAAGGAGUCAGCCAAGGAGUCAGCCAAGGAGUCAGCCAAGCAGUCAUCCAAGGAGGCAGAAAAAGCAGCACUGGCCAAUGAAGACUGUCCCCACAUAGACCAGAUCAUGUCACCUGACGACGGCCAGAUCUUAAGCCCUAUUGACCGGUCCGAGCAGCAGCCCUGCUUCCUGCUGGCCAUGGGCGGGCGGCCAGGCCACACAGCGGCCAGAGUCAGGAAGGGAACCCCAUCUGCAGCUAGCUCCUGUUCCACCGUGUUGUAUCGGUCUGUUCCAUUUUUGUCCCCUGGACUUUGCUGUCCGUCUUCAGCUUUUCGCUUCCGUCUCUUCUUUUUUCUGUGGUUAUCUAUCUGUGUUGCUUGUUCUCUGUCUCUGUAAACUGUAAACUUCUCAAAACUGAUCAUGGGAAGAGAGUCUUUAAUACCAGAAAUAUUGCAUUUUGACAUCCAUAGGAAAGAGCAGGUUAGCUCAGGUAGAUUCCAAAAGAUCUGAAACCCUACACCUAUGAAUGGGAGAUCAUAAUCUCUAAAUACUCUUGUGUGGCUUUUCCCCAUCCAAAUGGGGAAAAGGACCCAGCUGUAAAUAUUCACUGUAGGUGAAGUACUCUAACACUUAAAUUAUUGGAACCUAGUCUUGUUUUUAUUGAAGGCAAACCAUCAAUAGAUUCAGUAGUAAAUAUAUAUAUUUUUGCUUAUCUAUAUUCUAUUUCACAAUACUUUUUUACAAGGUAAAGAAUGUAUCUUCCCACCACAAGCACAACCACAAAGUAGCUACUUCAAAGACAAGUCCAAUUUUCCCAGUUUUGGUUGACUUCUUCUCCCGUUCUGCUCUUCUGUCUUUUAUUCUGUCGAUCUUCCUAUCCUGCUACAAUCCUGUCUUUCUCUGUUGGUGUGGCUCCCCCUCAGGGACAUGGUGUGCAUGAACACAGCUCCGACCCAACAGAUAGUUAGCCCAGUCACACACUCUUUUCCUCUGCUGUCCUCUCAGCUUGUCUCUUUCUUUCACUUCUCUGUAUCUCUGUCCCUUGUUUUCUCUCCCUCUCCUGGAUCACCACGGAGCAAGUUUUUUAUUUAUUUUUUAAAACAUUUGUUAGAGGUCCUCUUCCUCUGUAACCCCCCCCCCCCAUUGUCUUACUUUUCUCAAAUGCAUCCAUCCUUUUGAGAAUGACCAUUGACUGGCUGAUGCUGAGCAACCCAACCCUCCCGUGUAUUCUCUACCACAGAUCCCUGUAAAGAGGAGACUGUCUUAGUUAAGUAUAUGCAGGCAGAAGUUCUCAGAGUGACCUGAGGGGGGCGCACCACAGUCUGACUGAGUGGGAGAAACCAACGCUUUGGGAGAAAUCCCCCUCUCCAACAUUUCUUGAUUCCACGGAUGGAGGGCUUGACAGGGCCACAUUCACAGUGAGGAAGAGAAACAGUAGAUACAGAGGUUUCUUACAGUGAGCUCACCCGUCUCACUUUGGAGGACAGGUUUUCUCUCAAACAUCAAGAUCGAAGAAGUCCUUUUUGCUUUUCUUCGUUGUUGUUUUUGUAUGGACUUUUUCUCAAUGAAGAACUGUAGGACGACAGAAAGACAAAUAACAAAGGAACAUUGGUCUGACAUCUUGGCCUGAAUGGCCAGAAAGGGUGGAAUGAAAUCAAUAAGUAGAGGACAAUAAGAAUAACUGCUAAUGGCAUUUAUGUCACCCAAUACCAUCAGUUAAACAUGACUCUUUUUAUUUAGCAUGAGUUGCAUGGUGGACUAGUAAAACAUAAAAAAUAAACUAUAGCUAUUACGACUAUCCGUAUGAAGAAUAUAUUUUUCUUUUAACGAUUCCUCACUUUUGCAUACAAUUUAUGUAGCCAGACUAUUAAGGUGUUCAAUGAGAGAGUGUUUUCUUCUCACAUUUCUUCCUAUUCUUCUUUGUGGUACAGAGUACAUGUUACCUGGCAGCUCUGGUCAUAUUGACCACUAUUUCAUAACUAGAGACUUGAAGAAAGAUGGAGAAUAUACAUAUUUCAGCAAGCUCUCUAUUUUGUGAAAAGCUAAAAUAACGUUUGACCUUGUUUAUGUUGGCAUGCUUGUGAUCCUGGAUCUUACUGAGAAGAAUCAUUUAGGCUAAAUUAGUAAUCUAUGUUUCUGUCUACUGCUAUACGUAUUGAUGUAUACGAUCAAUUAUUUAUGGAGAACUUAUCAUAGUGAACCAUUGUUACUCUCACAUACUAAAUAUAUAAUUUGAACAGUGUUAUUUUUUUUAAAGAGAACUAGAAAAUAAAUCAUAAAGAAUCUGGUUGAGUCAGGAUGUGUCUGACCAUCUUUCCCCAACAACCUUUAGCUACUAUGAAAGCAGCAAAAAUAUGUGUAUAUUUUAAAAUAUAAAAUCAUUAUUUGCAAUUAAGAACAUGGGGGAAAAUCAACUGCAUGCACAAUGUUAUGCAACAUGAAAUCAAUAGGAAAAAAGGAGUUCAAGAAUACAACUCUAGCAUGAAAUAAAUUUUGUAUGAAACCUGUCAGAAGGGUCUGUAUUUCAUUGAAUGGAUUGAAUGUAUAUGAAUGUAUAUGAAUGUAUUUCUCCCUUUCUCUCCUCUGGUGUACCAA